UCAUCACAAAUUGGUGCCCACAUGGGUUAGACGAUUAUUAACGCGGCCCCUGCGUCGCACACACCAUUUAUUUCAGGCAGCUUUUUAUUUUCAUUUUUGAAAGAAGUGUUGGUUUAAAUAUAUAGCACUAAAUUUGGUUUAUAUUCAUAAAAUAUUUCCUUUCUCCUUUUGCUGAAGGGCACAAUCAAUUCUUCGUUCAAAACAAAAAAAUCAGUCGCUUAUCAACUUAAAUUUAGAAAAACAAUCCAAGCAGGGUUAGAAGUCAUUUAUUUAUCGAGCUGCAACAGAAAAGUUGAGUUGAUCUCUCGAGGAGCGCGAUGCCGACGUUAAACUUGAUCGUUGUCUUUACACUCGGAAUCGCACAAGGAUUCUGUUUAUCUGAUGAAUAUGAUGCCACUUUGGCCAAAAUUAUGAACAGAUGCAUCGACAGCAUCAAUCACAAACCAGAGCCAGGCGUGGAAGCAAUUCUCGGAGGCCAAUGCGCGCCAUGGAAAAAUCGUUCUUGCUGCUCGCAUGAGAAUCAGGACAAACUGCAUGAAUUAAAACUAUACAAUUUUGACUUUGAGCACUGCUCUCAAAAAUUGUCCCCGAAGUGCCGUAAGCACUUCAUUCAGGACUUGUGCUUUUACGAAUGCUCGCCAAAUACCGGACCUUGGAUUGUCUCAGGAAUUAAAAUGAAAAUCCGCAAAGAACGGUUUUAUAAGGUGCCUCUUUGCCAAAGUGACUGUGAAUUUUGGUACGACGCUUGCCAAGACGAUCUUACGUGCAUCAGAAACUGGAUCAGAGACUUUGAGUGGAAGUCGGGCAAAAACAAUUGUCCUUUGACUUCACCAGGGUGCAAAAAGUUCAAGCACAUUUGGGAAACAGCAAAAGACUUUUGCGAAGAGAUUUGGGACCAUUCGUGGGAAGUUGUUCCUGACAACCAAAAUUGCAUGCGAUUGUGGUUCGAGGGAGAAAAUCCAAAUGACCAUGUUGCAAUCAUCAAAGCUUACGAAAUGCUCGGAUCGAAAGGAACCCAUUUUGGAAGCGCUAGUUUAGCAGCACUGGUAGCUUUGAAACUUUUUCUCAUUAGACUGGUCUAGUUUUUAACUUUUAAGUAAGAACAAAUCACAAAGUGCUAGCUUAAAAGACAAUAUUGCUUUAAAAAGCAGUAAACCAACUGAUAGUUACUAUAUAUGUGGUUGAAAUAGUUUAUCAAAAUAAAAGAUCUUUGCCUUUAUAAUUUGGGAAAU